CAACAUCAUACGGAAUUCUUGCGAUGGACUACACUGCAAAGUUUUGGAUGGUUGGUUGCUAACAGACAUAUACUAAGUAAAGACCGGUGUCAGACAAGGUUGCUUACCCUCGCGUUUCCUCUUUCUCCUGGUAGUCGAUUGGAUUAUGAAGACCUACACAUCUGAGGGAAAGCACGCAAUUCAAUGGACAGUUCAAAAUCAAUUAGACGAUUCGGUCUUCGCAGAUGACCUAACCCUCCUAUUCCAUACAGACGAACUAGUGUAGCAGCAGCCUCUGCAUCAGUAGGCCUCAUUAUUCACAAGGGAAGAAGUAAGGUCCUCAAAUACAACAUGGAGAACACCAACCCAAUCACAUUUGAUGGAGAAACUCUGGAAGAUGUGGAAUCUUUCACGUACCUGGGAAGCAUCAUUGAUGAACAAGGAGGAUCCGAUGCAGACGUGAAGGCAAGGAUUGGCAAAGCAAGAACAGCAUUUCUACAGUUGCAGAACAUAUGGAAUUCAAAACAACUGUCAACCAAUAUCAAAAUCAGAAUCCUCAAUACGAACGUCAUGACAGUUGUACUGUAUGGAGCUGGAACUUGUAGAACUACCACAAGCAUCAUCAAAAAUGUACAAGUAUUUAUAAACAAUUGUUUACGCAAGACACUCAAUGUGCGUUAGUUGGAUACCAAC